AUGUCCAUCUACUCUUCAGCCCCCAAUGGGGCAAGCGAAAAAGGGGUCGAGUCCGUAAAGCCGGAGCCAACCUUUGAGAGAUUCGAGACGAUCCAUCAUGGACCUCGAUUCACCGCACCAAGACCGCUUCCUACGGCAGCAACCUCACUUCCGAUCGGAGCUUUUUCUACAACAUUGACCACGCUUUCUCUAAGCUUAAUGGAGUGGCGAGGAGUGACGACAACCAACGUUUACAUCGCGAAUUUCUUUUUCCUAGCUGCCUUCGGCCUAGUGAUAUCUGCGCAGUGGGAGCUUACCGGAGGAAACGGCUUUGGAUACAGUGCCUUCAGUGCUUUCGGUCUCUUCUACGCAGGGUACGGUGCCAUCUUGACUCCCUCUUUUGGGGUGGCAGCAGCAUAUGGCGAUGACACAAAGCAGUUGAACAAUGCUCUCGGACUAUUCAUGAUCAUUUGGAGCGUCUUCGUCCUUGCCUACUUAGUCGCUACAAUACCGACAAAUGUUGUCUAUAUACUGAUCUUCAUCUUCGUUGAAUUAUGCUUCGUACUGGUUGCUGCUGGCUACUUUGCUGCUGCUGAUGGCCACGAGAGCGCCUCGAUUGGUUUGAAGAAAAGUGGUGGCGUUUUCGCGUUCCUUGCUGGGCUUGUUGGAUGGUAUUUGACUUUCCAUCUCCUGCUGAAGGACUCUUUGGUAGAGUUGCCCUUGGGAGACACGUCUCAAUACUUCCCUAAGACUCGGAAGAAGACCGAGUGAGGUAGCUUCUCUAAAUGAGACAAAGUGCGAAGUAGCACAACACCUCCAUAGGCCUGGAGAACUGGGCAUAGAAUUAUCACGGGUCCACCGGAAUUGAAGGUGCCAAUAGUUAGGGUUACAGGACAGAAAAGCUUGAAAGUAACCGGUCUUUUGAAGCGACAGCAAAUAAGAUUUUAGUGGUAGAGGCCAGACCAUGAACACCAGACGUUUCCCAAUCGCAAACCC